AUGGUGGCUAAGCAGGCGCACGCAGCCGAUGACGCCAAGGCCGCGAUCACGGCAGCGGCCAGCGGCGAGACAGCGAGCGCCAUUGCGGAAUCGUACGACGACCAGAUCCGCCCACUCCUCGACGUAGUGGAUCGGCUGCGCCACCUCAAGGUGACCCAGGAGGGCAUCCAGCUGCCCACCGUCGUCGUCGGCAACCAGUCCAGCGACAAGUCAACCGUGCUCGAGUCGCUUGCCGGCAUCAGCAUUCCGAGCGGCCAGGGCAUUUGCACGCGAGUGCCACUCGUCAUGCGCCUCCAGGACGACCCCUCCGCUAACUCGCCCAAGCUCCAGCUCGAGUACAGCAACGGCCGCGUGGUGACCACCACCGAGGCUAAGGUCGCUGACACCAUCAACGUCGCGACCGCGGAAAUCGCCGGGAGCGGAAAAGGCAUCUCCAACGCGCCCAUCACCCUCGUCGUGCAGAAGCAUGGCGUGCCAGACCUCACCAUUGUCGACCUCCACGGCAUCACGCGCGUGCCCGUGCAGGGACAGCCCGACGAUAUCUACGACCAGGUCACCAAGAUCAUCAAGGAGUACAUUUCUCCGAAAGAAAGCAUCAUCCUGAACGUGCUCCCAUCCACGUUGGACUUACCAACGUGCGAGUCCAUCCACAUGUUGCAGCAGGUGGACCGUUCCGGUGAGCGCACGCUUGCCGUGGUCACCAAGGUCGACAAGGCCCCCGAAGGCCUGCUUGAGGAAGUUACAAUGGACGACGUGCAUCUCGGCCUCGGGUACGUCUGCGUCCGCAACCGCAUCGGUGACGAGACGUACGACUGUUAG